AUGACUGUGAGUAGCUCAAGUCAUUAUAUCCACUAUGGGGUAUAUGACUUGAUGGGUGGUUUUAAAUAUUGGCUGACAGCAAUUUAUGCUAAGAACCAGGUGGAACAAAGGAGGAUCCUUUGGACUAAUAUGAAUGACUUGUGCAGAAAGUACCUUGGGCGCUGGUGCGUAGUGGGUGACUUCAAUAAUGUAGCUAAUUCCCUUGAUAGGGUAGGGGAAAUGGUUGUUAAGGCAGAGUAUGAGGAUUUUAAUAAUAUGAUGAGUACCAUUGGGCUUUGUGAGAUGGACAGUAAAGGGGAGUACUUCACUUGGUCCAACAAGCAAAAUGAUAAUCCUAUAUACUCCCGGAUUGACAGGUUGAUUUCCAAUACUGCUUGGUUCCAAGUUAAUGAUGAUGCAACUCUUAAUGUGCUGCCCCCAAAUAUAUAUGAUCAUUCCAUGCUACAUCUGAGUAAACCUGAUAGUCAGAGAAAUAAGUGGAAUACUUUCAAAUCUAAUAACAGUUGGGUGGAUUUAGAUGGUUUUCAAAACACUGUUAAUGAGAGUUGGAAUAAGCCUAUGUAUGGUAGGCCAAUGGAAGUACUAUGGAAAAAGCUGCAUAGAUUACAACCUGUACUCAGAAAGCUGAACGAACCUGUUUCAGAUAUUCAACAACAGAUUACUAAAGCUUGA